AUGCAGAAGCUCCGUGCUGCAUGUGAAUUCAAUAAUGAUAAACUGGAUGAAUGUGCAAAUAGAAUAGAUGCUGUGGAGUCUAAAUUUGCAGAAUUCGAUAAUCUUAAGGAAGCCCUGAAAUCUACUCAAGACGAGCUUAUGAAGUGCAAACUUAGCUUGGCUGCUAAGGAGCAGUGGGCCCGUCUAAACAACGCUGAGAUUAAAGGGGUGCCUACUAAAAAGGAUGAAAAUCUGUUUUCGAUUGUCGAAUCUAUUUGUAAACAUAUAAAAUGUCAGUUUGCUAAAACAUGUAUAAACUACAUUGCCAGGGUUCCUACGCAUAAUUCCAAGGAAAAGUCUAUUAUAGUGAAUUUCGCUAAUCGCUAUGUAAAGGAGGACUUUGUUGCUGCUGCGCGGUCUGUCAAAAACAUCGUAGCAAGUGAUAUCGGCUACCGGGAUGACGUACAGCGCAUAUAUGUAAACGAUCACCUUACGGCUGAUAUGAAGAAUUUACUCACUAAAACUAAAACUACUCUUAAGGAAAGACUGGGCUACCGUUAUGUGUGGGUGAAGUAUGGGAAAAUACAUGUUAGGCAAAAUGACACUUCAAAGAUUCUCAUCAUCAAUAGCGACAGUGAUUUAAACAAACUUUCUUAA